UGCUGUGGUGUGUGCGCGUGCUUGGAGGUCCGGGGCGCGCGUGUCUCCACUGUGCUUAGUCACGCUGAGUUUCUGCUUUUACAAACACAAACACACACACACGCACACGCACACACACACACACAGAGAAAUACACAUGCGUGCGCGCGUUCUCGCUCUAAACAGCCGCCGAUGACCUGACACAGAGGAACUUUCAAAAGACUGCCACUGGGUUUCACUGGUCAUGCUGAAGUCUGACAUCUGUCAGUCAUUCACAAGUCACAUCACAGGGGUGACAUGUUUUGUAUGUGGAUUUCUUCGUAGUUGAAUGUGACGUCGUCCAGGAAACUUUCUGAGGGCUGACGGUCCACACCGAAGACUGCGCUCAACUCCAGGCAUCUUCCCUCUGUCGGCCCGACUGUCGUUUGCGUUUGUUUGCGCUGGCGAGCGAGGAUGCGCACGCUGGACCGCAGCCGGUGAGGAUGUACGCGGCGUCCGGUAUGACAGAAUGCAAGGCGGAGGUCACUCCGUCGGCACGAAACGGGCACCGUGUGUUCAGCUACACCCUGGAGAGCCACACGGCGGCCGCCUUCAACAUCAUGAACGAACUCCGCUUGGAGCGCCAGCUGUGCGACGUCACGCUGAGGCUGAAAUACAACGAUCUGGAGGCUGUUGACUUUGUAGCGCAUAAGGUUGUGUUGGCCUCGUCAUCGCCGGUGUUUCGCGCCAUGUUCACCAACGGCUUGAAGGAGUGCGGCACUGAGGUGGUGCCCAUUGAGGGGAUUCACCCAAAGGUAAUGGGACGGCUUAUCGAGUUUGCGUACACGGCGAGCAUCUCGGUUGGAGAGAAGUGUGUGAUUCACGUCAUGAACGGUGCUGUCAUGUAUCAGAUCGACAGUGUGGUCAAAGCCUGCUGCGAUUUCCUCGUACAGCAGCUCGACCCGAGUAACGCCAUCGGCAUCGCCAGCUUCGCUGAACAGAUCGGCUGCACAGAGCUCCAUCAGAAGGCCAGAGAAUACAUCUACAUGAACUUCAGUCAGGUGGCCACACAGGAGGAGUUCUUCAACCUGACUCACUGUCAGCUGGUGACGUUGAUCAGCCGCGACGAGCUGAACGUGCGCUGCGAGUCAGAGGUGUUUCACGCGUGCGUGGCGUGGGUUCAGUACGACCGCGAGAACCGCCGGCCGUAUGUUCAGGCUUUGCUGCAGGCCGUCCGGUGCCACUCGCUGACACCGCAUUUCCUGCAGCGCCAGCUGGAACAUUUUGAGUGGGACGCUCAGAGUAAAGAUUACCUAUCGCAGAUCUUCCAGGACCUUACACUGCACAAACCCACCAAAGUCAUUCCGUGCCGAACGCCCAAAGUGCCGCAGCUCAUCUACACGGCCGGCGGCUAUUUCCGUCAGUCGCUUAGCUACCUGGAGGCGUUUAACCCCUGCACGGGCGCUUGGCUGCGGCUGGCGGAUCUGCAGAUGCCUCGCAGCGGUCUGGCGGCGUGCGUCAUCAGCGGUCUGCUGUACGCGGUGGGCGGACGUAAUAACGCUCCGGACGGGAACAUGGACUCCAACGCGCUGGACUGUUACAAUCCCAUGAACAACUGCUGGCUGCCCUGCGCUCCCAUGAGCGUCCCACGCAACCGCAUCGGCGUGGGCGUCAUCGACGGCAUGAUCUAUGCGGCGGGCGGGUCACACGGAUGUGUCCAUCAUAACAGCAUGGAGAGGUAUGACCCAGAGAGAGACUCCUGGCAGCUUGUGUCAACCAUGUUGACGCGGCGUAUCGGAGUGGGCGUGGCCGUAAUUAAUCGUCUGCUAUAUGCAGUGGGUGGUUUCGAUGGGACUCACCGGCUGAGCUCGGCCGAAUGCUACAAUCCCGACAGAGACGAAUGGAGAGGCGUAGCGUCCAUGAAUACGGUCCGCAGCGGAGCAGGUGUGUGCGCUCUGGGGAACUACAUAUACGUGAUGGGCGGGUACGACGGGACGAAUCAGCUGAACACAGUGGAGCGAUAUGACGUGGAAACAGACAGCUGGAGUUUCACAGCAUCCAUGAGACACAGACGCAGUGCUCUCGGCGUGACCACACACCACCAGCGCAUUUAUGUGCUCGGUGGUUAUGAUGGUAACACUUUUCUGGACAGUGUGGAGUGUUUUGACCCAGAAACAGACACAUGGACAGAGGUCACCAAAAUGACGUCUGGUAGGAGCGGAGUCGGGGUGGCUGUUACUAUGGAGCCGUGUCAAAAAGACCUCAGCCAGUGUCAGAAACACUAGUGCCUGUUUGUCUCUCUCUCAGCUAAUGUCAUUAGCGCACAACAGACGUGUUCUUCACUCACACACUCAUGACAGCUCCUCAGAGGUUCUCUGUACAUAUAUUCACAUCUUUAAUGUCUCGUGAGUUUGCCCGUGGAUUCAGCGGAGGACAUGCGAGAAGAGCCCUCUGAGGACCACACGCUCAAAUUUAAUGAAGUGCCACGAUCCACCACAUCAGUGAUCUGACCCCCGAGCGCACCAUGCCAGUAUAUCAGAAUCAACACAACUUUAUUCAUUGAGAGUUUUAAUACGGACAAAGUUUUGACUUCAGAAUCGGCUUUCUCCGCGUGGCCAAGAAGACGUUUGCCUGAAGCCCCAAAUGAUUUUGUAUUUGCUUUUUUAAUAUCAAGAUUUAGAUGACUUCUCAGACUGAUGGUGAAGAGCUUGUGUAAGUUGUGCACAGAUUUGAGAUCAACCUCAGAGCUUUGGAGCCCACAAGAACAUUUACACGCAACAGUUUUAGUAAAAGUGAAUUCCAGGCUACAAAUGCAGUUUAAGGCAUUGAUGAUUUUUACAGCCUGAAAAGAAUGUAUUUGCACAACCAAUUAAAGCUGCUUUUUCCCAGGGAGAUUUCUA